GCAUAUGCCCAUUCACAUUCCUCGAGUGAGAAGCUCUAGACAACAGGGACUUCGGAUUUAAUUUCUCUCUCUUGUAUCUUGUCUCUUGUCUGACGUCCGAUGUCUGUCAUUCAUUGUUGUGUUUCUACAGCAGUAACAGUAUGUUGUCUGCAAUUACUAUUGUUCAAUGAAUACAGUACAUAAUACAAAUACAAAGUGAAAAUCUUUACGUCAAUCAGCUGUUCAUGUCCAUGAUAGUUUCAUUUACAAUUCUCUAACUUAUUCAGUUAUCGUGAUUUAUCAAAAUGUCAUGCGAAAGAAAAUUCAAAGCUGCAGUGAGUGUGAUUAGAAACCUUCCGAAAAAUGGAUCGUACCAACCUUCUCAUGAUCUCAUGCUGAGGUUCUAUGCGUAUUACAAGCAGGCAACCGAAGGACCCAACACAUCUCCCAAGCCUAAUUUCUGGGAAGUUGUAAAAAAAAUGAAAUGGGAUGCUUGGUCGAAAUUGGGCAAUAUGUCACGUGAGCAGGCUAUGGUCAGUUACGUUGAAGAGUUGAACAAGAUUGUUGAAACGAUGGCGUACACGGAUAAUGUAGCCAACUUCCUGACAAGCCUUGAUUCGUUCUACGACUCAGUGCCGGCCGAAGAUUUGGAACUUGUGAUGGGACCAGUCAUUGAGAGAGUACGCUCACAACCUGGCUCCCCAUUAAGUGGAUCACCUCUUGCAUCACGAGAAGCAUCACCACAAAGAAGUGGAACAAAGCCCACCAAACACAUCACAUCCAGUCUUGAGACGAGUCCUGCUAGCUCCUACUCUGUCUCACCCACUCUACCUGACACCGACGAGGAAGAAGAAUAUUUUGUUGACACUUAUGAACUAACAGAGUCAGAAAACUUGAAGGAGAGUGCAUCAUUGAAAAAGAAAAAUCAUGAAAAUGUACAUAAAGCGUUGAACGGAUCAGCAAUUGUUACCACAGCAGAUAAUAGAGAACGAGAAAGAAGCAGACUUCGAGAAAAGAACAACGUGAAUAGCAAAACGAAAGGUAAUUCAGAGUCACAGACGAAUGGAAUUAGCUCCAAUUGCGAGCACAGUGUCGAAUCGAAUGGUGUGAUUGCCAUUUCCAAUCACACAGAUGCAGUUUUACCUGUAACGAAUACUCUUAUUGAUUUGAGGAAUAAUGCAUUACAUAAUGUAAACAUCAAUGAAGUCGUUCAAAAAACAUUAUCUAGUCUCAAAAGCGAUAUCGAAUGUUUGAAUCUGAAGAUAACGGCAGUCGAAAUGAAGUCGAGACAGGUUUCAAGUGAAGCAGCCGUUCCAUUUUGGUGGCCGUUUAGAGGUAUCUCGGUACCUUCAGCCGUCUUCUUGAUUGUGUGGCCUCUGAUUGUGCAAGCUCUGUUCAUGUGGCUGCAAAUGCGAAGAAGGAGAGCACUUCCCAGAAUCCAGCCUUAAAAAAUAUCACUUCAUCCAAGUAUUUCUUUCAUGUCAAGUUGGAUUUCGAAACUUGUGAGGGAGUCGAUGAGCUAAUUAAAAUACCGUCUUGACUGCUUAGCAAAUGAGAGAAUCUAGUUUGUCUUGUCUUAAUCGAUGCUGAAGAUUGUGAUAACUUGAUUAUAUAAUCGUUCUGGUUAGUUGAUGAAAAAUAUACACCGUGUCCCACGAAGAGGUUUACACUUUUAAUUUUAUAUUACGCGCCCAUUCAUACACCGAACUUAUUUAAAUUUCACACAGUUUACAAAGUAGGUUCUGAAAAUAUUCUGGGAAAAUUUCAGUUCCCUUACCUUCGUAAAACAAAA